UUUCUGCCUUGUGAUUGUUUCCCUUUGUAAUAUCAAUUUAAUUAGAUUUAUUUUAUGUGAAAUUGUAAUUUAAUUUCUAUCAUCAAUUACUAAUCCAUUUACUCACAUGUGUAAAUUUACCUGACCGAGAGUUUUUUUCUCUUCAUCUUUUUGUCUACUGUUUGUUUUUUUUUUACCUUUUUCUUUUGGUUGUUAUUAUUGUUUUUUAGAGGGUUGGAGAGUUUGGUAAAAGAAAAUCUGAAAAUGAGUUCCUUUGAGGAUGAUGAAGAUGAUUAUCCAAAUAAACGACGACGAAGUAAUUUUAAUGAGGGUAGAAACCAUGGACCAGUUAAUUGUGGUGAAAAUUAUCAAGAAAAUAAUGGCUGCCCAGUUGGUUAUGGAAGAGGUAAAAAAAGGCGAAGAAGAGACAAUGAAAACGGUGAGAGUGGUGGUGGUGAUUUAAAUGGAGAAGCUGAUGGAAAAGAGGAAUCAAGUGAUGAGGAGAUUAUGUAUGAUUCUGAUUCUGAUAUUCCAUUGGAUGAUAUUGAUAAUAUGCUGGAAGAAGGUCUAAGAGAAGGUCUUGAAAAAGGAAAAGCUUCCUCUCAACAUUCCUACCCAACACACGAGGAGCGCAAGAAGAUUGUAUUGAAGAAAAGAGAACAAGAUUACUUUGAGAUGCUUCCAGAAGGAUGGAUUGAAGUUACUCAUUUCAGUGGAAUGCCGAUUUAUCUCCAUAAACAGUCAAGAGUUUGCACAUUAUCAAAACCUUAUUACUUGGGUCCAGGAAGUGCAAGAAAACAUGAAGUUCCAAUUUCAGCUAUUCCAUGUCUUGCUUAUAAAAAGGAAAUUGAAAAAGAGAAAUCUCAAGAAUUGAAGGAAAAUAAUAUUACCCUAACCGAUGAAGAAAUUGUAAUAAAUUCUCAAAACGAUUGUUCUAAUCAAGCCGAAAGCAAUUGUCUAAAUGGAGGAUCGAUUGAUAAAAAUAAUCAGCUUCCAAUCUUAGCCAAAGUUGAGAGUGUCCAAGAAGCCAAAAAAGAGAAAUCUUUAGAUUACCUUUCGAUUCGUGAAUAUUGUGGUAAAGUUUUCGAAUUUCAAGAAAUUACAAUACGUAAAUUUAAAACUUGGGCCGAUCGUAGGAGACAUGUGCAAUUAAGAAAGAUGCAACAAAGACCCUCUCUGCCUGAAGGAACUAAAUUAAUUACCUGUCCACUUCCUAAACACACCGAAUCCGGUGAUCCAGCUCGUAGAUCCUACAGGAAAGAAUUUGUUAUGAAUCCUGCCGGUAAAUCAGCGGUUUGCAUUUUACAUGAAUUUGUUCAACACGCUGAAAGAGUUCAACCUAAAUAUGUCUUUAAAGAAUUAGAAAAUGCCAGCAUGCCUUAUAGUGCAACUGUGUUAAUCAAUGAUAUGGAAUAUGGUGUUGGCUAUGGAAGUAGUAAAAAGCAAGCUAAAUCUGAAGCAGCUCGUGCGACACUGGAAAUACUUAUACCUGAUAUAAGGGAUAUGACUCAAGACGGUAACGGUAAAGUGGACACAUCGAUGCAAGAUUUAACUUUUUUCGAUGAUAUCAAAGUUGAAGAUCCUCGAGUAAGUGAAAUGUGUGCCAAAGCAGGUCAGCAUUCACCUUAUCAAAUUCUGGUUGAAUGUCUAAAAAGAAACUACGGUAUGGGAGAUACAGAGAUCAAAACCGAUGUUCGUUUAGUAAAACACCAAAAGAAUGAAUUUACCAUGAAAGUUGGUAAACAUAGUGCAACUGUUAUUUGUCGUAAUAAAAGGGAAGGUAAACAAAGAGCUGCUCAAGCGAUUCUUCAACUUCUUCAUCCACAAAUUAACUCAUGGGGAUCAUUAUUACGACUCUAUGGUCGAGGUUCUUGUAAAACACCAAAGGAGAAAAAGGAAGAAGAACAGAAAAUCACCGAACUUCAGAACACUGCAUGUGCUAAUCGUCCAAAUUAUGCUAUACUCAAUAAACUACGAGAGGAGAUGUUGAAACUCAGGGCAAGCAAUUUAAACCGAGAUCAAAGCAAAGAGCCACUUCGAUUGAUACUUUGCACAAACGAGAAAGGAGUUGAUGGCGAUGAAGGAGGAAGAGAUGAAGGAGAAGGAGAAGAGAAAGUUUUAGAUGAUGGAUUAGAAGAAAUAGAAGAUGGAGAGGUUGAUUUAGAACUUGAAGAGAAAGAGGAAACGGAUGCUGGUCAAAUUGAAUCAUAUGAAUCGGUUGAAGGUGAUCCAGAGGAAGGAGAAUUAAGUAAUAGUCCAAUUGAUCCAAAUUUAUGUAAUCAAACAAUGGAAUCAAUCAAGUCAUUUGAAAAUAGUCUUUCCAACGUUAGUGACAAUAGUAGUAGUAUCGAUGAUGAUGAAGAUGAUAAUCAUCAUUUACCAUCAACAAGUGAUAAUAAUCGUCCAUGUGAAAAUAAUAGAUUCAUUUACUCCAACACUGCCCAAACCAAUAUCUCCAAUGUGCUUAAUAUAAGUGUCAGUAGUAUUAGUUCAAACAGUAGUUGUAACAGUUCCUCCGGUGAAAUUUAAUCAACUAUCAAAAUUAACUCAAACUUAAUCAACCUCAACAUUUACACAAAUCAACACACUCAAGAUUUAAUCACUUAUGCAAAUUUUCAAUCAACAACAACAACAAUUCAACCAAAACUAUUCAUUAAUUUUGAUGCCAAAAAACAAAACAAAUCAACUCAAAACUGCUAAUGAUGAAAAUCCUUCACUAAUUAGUGUUGGAAUUAAUCUCUCUCUCUCUCUCUCUCUCUCUUCUUUCUUUCUUUCUUUUUCUCUUGGUUCAAUCACUAGAACUCGAACUCGAACUCGAACUUGAACUAAGAACAGAAAAAACCAAGAGCUUCAAUUUCAUCAAGUUUUUUUCUAUCUCUUAGUUUGUUAAUUGCUACAUCCAAAUACUAACAAUUGAUUGUAAAUGUUACCUUUUAAUUACCAUCAUUAACUAUUGAUGAAAUAUUAGUGCCUAGUAUAUUUGACGUAAAUUAAUUACAUCAAUGUAUUUUAAAUCACUCUGAUCAUCAUCACUAUCAUAAUCAUUGUCAUCGAUGCUUUUGAAAGCAACAAAAUUAAUUUAAAUCUUGACCAAUUGUCGCUCAUUUUGAUUGUCUGUUAAUUGUCAACCUUU